CUAGCGAAUGAGCGACACGAGAGAACCAAGUAGACGAAGACACACACGCAAAUUUUAGGGCUCUUCCUCUGCCCUGUCGUGCGGCACAUUUUCUCCCAUGGACGAUCCCGGCGCUCGUGAAGAGGAAGAAAAUCCUCCAAUCCUUCUGGACUUGCGAUCAAGCCGUACUGACGCGACUGGGACGACGGACAUCCGGCUCACAAAGCUUGGCAGCUCCAUCGCGAUCACCAUAGCUCUCCUCUGGGCAGCCUUGCUCAUCCUCAAGUUCCACAUCGUCCUGGAGCUCCAGCCCUUCGCUCGGACCUCCCGGGACUGGUCGCCACUCCAGCUCUCGUGCUUCCUGGGGAUCGAGAUCGGCCUCCUCACAAUCUUCGCGCUCUUCAUCCUCCUCAUCCCGGCGAUGAUCCUCACCUGGACCACCGCGCUCCUCUUCGACUACGCUUGCAGCAGAGGCCUGGCCAGGCGGCAGCUCCUCAUCCAAGACGGCAACCAGCUCGCCAGGGAGAUCGUCUUCGGCACCCUCAAGAGCAUCGUCCGAGAAGGCAACUUCAUCGCUGUGCUCGUCGCCCUCGGCGUCCUGCUGGGUGCCUUCUUUUCCUCCCAGAUCCUUGCCUUCCAGGGAAAAGUUUUCAACUUCUGGUGAUCUCGUUCUGCGUUUCUUCUUUUCUCCGUUGGAAGCUUUCAACUUCUGGUGAUCUUUCUUCGUGGCUUGAACUGUGAAUAUACUACACUUUUGUCGUCAA